CUGACCUGCAGGUGAAACAUGGCCGCCUCCUGGCUCAUCUGGGUUUUGGCGGUCGCCAUCUUGGUCUCCAUGGUGCUCCUGGCUGUCUUGUGUCUUCACUGCCGGACCAACAGCCCUCUGGUCUCCAUCAGGCAGAUGGACGCUUCAGAGGACUACAUGCCAUCAACUGGGUUCAGAGUCAUCCAUCCAUCUCAGACGAACACCAACUUUCUGUCACCUUGCUCGUAUUCUUCCCAUCCGGGAACUCAGCGUAGAGUCCCGUCCAUCGCGCCGACAGAAACCGAAAGUAAUCCAAGUUAUGAGAACCCAGCAGAAGAUCCUGAGUACAUCAACGCAGAGAGCGAUGCAGAAGACCCCGGCUACAUAAUCGUGUUGCCCGAAGGUGAGACUCCUCUGACCAAUCAGAGCCGAGCCUCCACGCCCAGUUCAGGUGUUCUCCAUGAUUAUGAAAACGUCCCAGAGAAGAGAGAGGACAGAGACUAUCUGAACGUGGAGCCGCUGCACUUUCAACCCGGAUCGACACUGGACCUGUCGGCUCAGAGCGACAGCAGCAGCGACGAUGAUGAAGAUGAUGAAGAUGAAGGGAACUACGUCAACGUGCAUGAUGGGAGUCUGGCUGACUGACCCACCGCAGUGAGCUCUUAAACUGCCAUCAGCGCUGCGCUUCUCCCCUUUAUGAUGUCACAGUGGGGUUUAUUUCAAAG